AUGCAAUUGUCCAGCCUCUUCAAGCUCGCUCUCUUCACUGCCGCCGUCUCUGCGGAUACCGUUUCGUAUGAUACCGGCUACGACGACGGUUCCCGCUCUCUCAACGUCGUCUCCUGCUCCGACGGCCCCAACGGCCUCGAGACCAGAUACCACUGGUCGACCCAGGGCCAGAUCCCUCGCUUCCCAUACAUCGGAGGUGUCCAGGCCGUUGCCGGCUGGAACUCUGCUAGCUGCGGAACCUGCUGGAAGCUGUCGUACAGCGGCCACACCAUCUACGUCCUGGCUGUUGACCACGCCGCUGCUGGCUUCAACAUUGCGCUCGACGCCAUGAAUGCUCUGACCGGUGGCCAGGCCGUUGCAUUGGGCCGUGUUACUGCUACCGCUAGCCAGGUCGCUGUCAAGAACUGCGGUCUUUAA